AUGGUGUUUAAAGAUAGCAAGCUUUACGUGCUUGGUAGUCGAAAGAUCAUUGUUUAUGAUUUCUCCGUUGGUGAUUCUCCAAAGGAAUGUGCAAGUUUCGCCCUUCCGGAUUGUUAUGGGAAUUAUUUCAGCAAUCUUGCUGUAACUUUGUCCGGAGAAGUUAUAAUCAUUUCAAGUAUCGGGAGAUCCUUCUUCAACUUCUACAAGAUGGAUCCUAAAUCAUCAGGAUGGAGUAUAAUCACUUCUUUAGGGGACGAAGCAUUGCUUUUGGAUCAAGGAAUGACUGUUGCAGCUAAAGAUGGAGUUAUGAAAAAUUGCAUAUAUUUUAGUAAUGAUAUGCUUCGUAGAAUCAUCGGGACUAAUCUACGCAAGGAUGAUAACGGUAUUUGCGUCUACAAUAUUCAAACCAAGAAGGUAGUCCAAGAGUUUCCACAUCUUACUUCGUCGCCGUUACCUUUCAAGGAUGCUCGUUGGUUUUUCCCCAAUUUUGGUGGAAAAUGGUUGCUUUAA